AUGCCUGUCCUCGACAAACUCGACAAACUGAUCCAUCCGAAGAAGGCGUCAGCAGAGGCACCUCCAACCGAGGACCAGGCACCACAGCCCACUGCGACUGAGGUCCCGGCUGCGGCUCCCGCGGUGGAAGCCACGCCGCACACCGACGAGCCCAAGCGCAGACAAUCACUAGUCGACAAGAUCCUCCACAGGCGCUCGAGCAGUGCGGAAAGGAAGACCGAAGCCACAGAAACAGAAGAAGGUGCCACCAAGAAGGAGAAGUUUCAUUGGCCUCACCUGGGGGGAAAGGGGUCGGCGAAAGAAGAGAAGAAGCCCGAACGUGAAGAGCCGGCUGCUGAGGGUGUGGUCCCGGCUGCAUAG